GAUGUUGUAGAAGAUCCUUGGCCACCAAAUUGUCUUUCUGAGUUAAGAGAUUACGAUUACAAAGGUACACAGUGGACAAGCAUUAAUGAAAUUCCAUGUGUUCCAUGGAUAUCAAAAGACGUAAGAAAUAUAAAGAAGAAGUUGCUUUGAAUGUUGCUCUGACAUGUUUUAUUUUUAAUAAGAUUCCAUCAGAAAUUAAGGAUGAUAAAAAAUUCAUCGAUGGAUCGGUUUUGAAGGCUCUUAAUAAAUGUAGAAAUCCCACUCGUGAUCCCAAAGGUCCUUAUUGUUACGCGUACACCCCUUGGGAAAGCGAAACCAUCACGAAACGACAUUGUAAGAUACGAAAGUGCAGAUCGAUAGAAUGUCGAAUGGCAGGGACCGCGAACGAUUACAUGGGAAAACUUAUAAAAACACGUUCAGGACGUGCUUGUAUCUCCUGGCCAAUCCCUCCACCGAAGCCUGAAGAGAGUAGGGCCCGUACUAUCAGAUCUGCCAUCCAGGAUCCUGAAGAAUUAAGAUCAUACUAUCGCUUAAUACAGCGCUCUCCGCAGCCGCCAAAACGUCCAGGACUUCCUUUUAGUCCUAAACUCGUUGCAAUUGCCGGCCACGAGAUCUUCAAUGACAGCCGUUAUCCGGAUGGAAGUGCAUUGAACGCUAGCAAUUAUUGCAGAAAUCCAUCGCGCAAUAUAGGUGGCACUUGGUGUUACACCGCUGAUCCUUCCGUACCACGGGAUCUUUGCAAUGUUAGAGACUGUGAUAAACCAGGUAAAUAUUGGAUCAUUGAUAAUGGAAAAAGAAUUAAGAGAAAAGUUUAUUUUUAUUGGUUACAUUUAUCUGUUUACUCAGAUCGAGAAGAUAGCUUGGGUAGACGUUUAUUUAUUUUACCCGAAUAUCGUUCCGAAGGUUUACAUUUUUCUCUGAAAGUUUGGGAACCCGAUGAUCGAGAUACCGUUUCCAUUAUCUUUCUAGCCGAAGAUGGACUUAAGUCGCGUUUUAUUCUGAAAAUAGGAACAUUGGAUAAUGAAAAAGUGCUACUCUAUUAUCAAUCAGAAACAUCACAUAUUGCCUUAGUAAAAAAAAAAACUUUGCCCCAUUUACUUUACACGGGAAAAUGGAGCAGCUUUGUAAUUCAAGUACCACGAGGGAAAUUUUUACUAUUCUACGAAGAUGAUCCUACACCUAUAUUUGAAUGGAUUAAUCCUAAUCCCUCUAUUGCUUUUUUACCUAUGUAUUAUUAUUAUGGUACCGAAGUGGGGAACGCUGUUGGUUUCGCUUUCGAUCGUGAUCUGAAUUGUCAUAUAGAAAACACGAAAACUGAUCGAUACACGAGAAUUUUAUCGUUAUCAACAUGGAUAGAAAAAGAAGUAAUAAUUCCUGACCAUAUAACUUUUCAAAUGCGUGGAGAAGGUGGAGUUCUUAUACCUUUAUAUCAGAUGCCUGUAAUUCCAGGAUACUACGUGCUUAAAAUUAAUAAUCCAGAACGUUGGAUAUGGUUUACGAAAACUACGUUUCCUAAUGUGACAGUUUAUCAUAAACAAAGAGCACAAGUAGCUUUAUUUACAAAAAAUACAUGGACCAAUAUUACAAUAAAAUCCUCUUAUAUUUUAUUCUUUUCUGUCGGAGUUGAACCGCCACAUUGGGUCACUUGGACUGCCAAUUGUAUGCCAAUAGAUAUAGAUGGACCACCAAUUGAUGGAGGUUGGUCAGAAUGGGGACCAUGGGCAUGCAGCGUAAGUUGCAAUGGUGGUACAGGAGUACGAAAACGACGUUGUGACUCUCCAAAACCUAAUUUUAGGGGUGAACCAUGUGUGGGGCCAAGUAAAAUGAUUGGACGUUGUAAUGAAAUAAUUUGUGGUGAUAUAACCGAAGAUACAAUAAAUUCAAUAAAUCGAAGAAUUCGAAGGAAUUACACAUCUCUUACGGUAAAAGAACACCAUGCAAUCACACUUAAAUCCGACGAGGAUAUUGUUAAAUCUAUCAUUACAGAAUCUCCUCGUUCUGAAUUACAAUGGUCAUUAAAUGGUAUCUUUAUAGAAAUAGAACCCGAUAGAUUGGAAUUGAAAGAUUUUAACAUUGAGAUAAAAGAAGCUGUUUUAAACGAUUCUGGCGUUUAUGCAAUGACACUGCGUCGAGUUAAUGGGAGAUAUUCGAUCAUCAAAGUUAUAACUUUAGCGGUGAUUCCAGAGAAAGAAAAUUUAAAAGUGAGGGAAACUCUGGGCACUACCAUACAAUGUCAUUGUGCCGUCUUAGGACAUAUUUAUUCAGAGCUUCAAGUGAUCUGGCUAGUACGUAAUAAAACGUAUAAAGAUUAUGGUAUUACACUUCCCAUUGCCGCCGAUAUCGAACAGCUUACAAAAAUUAAUAAAACAUAUAAUGGAAUGUGGCAAUGCGUUGUGAAACAAAAUGAUUUGAACUUUGAGUGGAUAACAAAUAUGAUUUACAUUAAAGUUCUAGGACCACCAAAUUGGCGUACGUACUUAAUGGAAGAUCAAGCAACACGUUUCUUUUUUGGUUGGCUACCAAGCGAAGAUUAUGUUGUUGCCUUUGUAGUGAUUCUUUUCUUAUUUUUAGUUGGUAUUAUAAUUUUAGGAUCUUAUUUCUAUGGAAGAAGGAUAAUUGAUUUAACCGACGUAGUCAGAAGUCCAAGACCCUCGCGAUAUGAACCAUUAAAAUUUAAAAUUCCUACAGUAAUCGUAGAAGAAAUAGAAACUCCCGAAGAACUAGAAACUCCCGAAGAAGAACCGACUACCGAAGAUCAAGUGACUACCGAAGAUCAAGUGACUACUGAAGAUCAAGUGACUACCGAAGAUCAAACUACUACCGAAGUAACUACUGAAGAUCAAACAACUACCGAAGCAACUACAGAUCAAGAGCAAACAAUAAUUACAAGAGCAAAUAACCGAAGAUAG